AUGAUUAAUAAUGUCUUUUAUGUUAUCUUAGUGUUUUCAUUUUUUCUGUUAAUAAUUAAGUGUGAAUAUAUUAAGAAUGAGAAGAAGGAAGUAGUUUUCGAAACGGACCUCCCCCAGGGGGGUGUAUACUACGAGAAGAGGAAUUCAGGUUUAGAAGAAAACUACGCUAGUGAUGUAAAGUUUGGAAGCGGCGCCGCAGGGGCGAAUGUGGACAUGCAGUUGCAGGUAGUUGUACUCAGAGAGGAGGAGCAGCAGGUGGAGAAGGAAGGCGAGGAAAGUGCUGAGGCAGAUAUCGCCCUUUCUGUCCAGGGAUCCGUAAAGAGCAACGUCGCCCAGGAGGAAGAAUCGAACGAAGAUGAGGUUGUCCUCCUGGAAGAGGUUAUUGAUAGUAACUCCGACAGUGGGGGCAGUGUCAUACCAAAUGGAGAAUCCUCUCCAGGUAAUAUCGUCAAAGGGAGUGAACCAAAUGGAGAUAUUGCAUCCUCCGUGGAAGAGACUACUUCGAGUCAUGUCAUCACAGAAACUCAACCGCAUUCUGACAACAUCACCAUGGUGGUAGAACAUAUCGAUAGUGACACCUCUAAGGCAGAUGAAUUGGAGGCAGGCAGCGUUGCCCCUGUGGAGGAGGAGAAAACUGCAGAUAGUGAUGUUGUCACUGAGGGGAAUAUCGCGAAGGAGAGUGAACCUGUUGCGGGUAGUAUAAUCGUCGUGGAAGAGGAAGCUGUUACUUACUCUGCCGAGGAGAGUAAAUCCAAGACAGAUAGUGUCAAUCUUUUGGAAGAACCAACGGACAGUAACGCCGUUAAAGAGAUAGAACAUGUUGUAGAUAGCAUCGCCUUCGUGGAAGAGGUCGCCUUUACAAAUGACCUCAAAGUGAACGAAUCGGAGACAGAUGGUGUUGGCACUGUGGAAGAAUCCAGAGCUGACGAUGUUGUGAAAGAAAAUGAACACACUGCAUAUAGCAUUGUCGUCGUGCGAGAAGAAGAUUCUAGUAACAUUGCCAAGGAAAGUGAACCUGUUACGGAGAGCACAGUCAGUGUGGAGGUGGAAUCUGCUAGUCACGCUGCUAAAGAAAGUUUACCAAAGACCGAUAGUGUCAUCGCCAUGGAAGAGACAACUUCUAGUGGCAUUGCCGAGGAGAGUGAACCCGUUACGGAGAGCAAAGUCAGUGUGGAAGGGGAAUAUGCUAGUCACGCUGCUAAAGAAAGUUUACCAAAGACCGAUAGUGUCAUCGCCAUGGAAGAGACAACUUCUAGUGGCAUUGUCGAGGAGAGUGAAUUAGAGCCAGAUGACAUCGCCAUAGUGGAUGAAUCCUCUGUGAGUAGCGUCGCCAAGGGAAAUCCCCCCCAGGCAGAUAGUACCCCGAUAAUAGAAGAACUCAUUGUAAAUGAUACCGCUAAGGGGGAUGAAUCCAACACAGACAAUAUCGGCAUAGUGGAAGAUUCCAUUGUGAAUAGUCCUUUUAAGGAGGACGAAUUGAACGAAGAUGAAGUUGCCACUGUGGAGGAGGCUGCUCCUGCUAAAACAAUUGCAGAAGAUAAUUUCCUCCCUGAGAGCAAUGCCUUAGGUGAGAGAAAGCAUUUCCUGGUGGAUUUCCAAGAGAGAGUAAACCAGUACGAUGAAGCCAUUGACGAAAUAAUACUAAGAAGCCUAAACAGAGAGAAUUAUAAUUACUUCAAAAUGUUGGAUGAAUAUGCCAUGAAAACAAAAAUGAGUGGAGAGAUGUACACAGGGAUGAGAUAUAUAAUAAAAGUGAUCAUGGGAACUACGGUAGUAACUCCAUCUUACAAUGAGAAGAAGAAAUCAUUUAAAUAUGAAAUUCAGGAGAGUACAUUUAAACGUCAUUUCAUAACUUCUCUCUUCAGAUGGUAUAAGAAUUUUAAGUUAGUAGAAUCACAUUUCGAUAAAGCAAAUUACGUGUACUAUUUGGGUCAGGAUGAUGAACGUGUGUACUCCUACAGGUAUACGUACAGACUUAUAUUGAACCUACUAAGUUCAGAAACCUUUUCCUUUUAUAUAGAUCUAAAUAAAUUUUCCUUGUUGGAUAUACUGGACAAUUACAAUAAGUAUAACUUUAAGCUAAACAACAGCACGAGGUAUUACCCUUUUCACAUGUACAGUUGCAAAUCAUUCAAUGAUUUCUUAGUCGAUUAUUUUGAGUCUUAUAAUCACCGCUACUUUGAGAAACACAAAUAUUUGAUUGCAGAGGAGGUCUACAAAAAUGGAAUAAAAAAUAAUGGCAAUAAGUUAUUUACAAAGUUGAAGAAGUUGAAUCCGAACUUUGUUUUGUAUCCAUUUAGGAAGGUGUUCGCUUCUUCUUCUUCGCCUGCACUUGUGGAAAAUUACCUGGACGCAGAAAUUGAUCUGAUUUUUUCCAUUUUUAAGGAGUUUUUCGUAAACCUCCUGAAUGACCUCUACAAUGAGUACUACAACGACGAGGUGAAGCGCUCCAUGAAGGAGGGAUCCCACGUGGAGUUGAGUUCAGGUAUCAGAGAACCCUCUGUGAACCUUCCAUCUGGGGAGGAUGAGUUGAAGGAAAUUAAGGAGGAGAAGAAGACGGAGAAGACAGAAAUAACACCUUCUCUUGACGCUUCUUCUGCUGAAUCCAUGGGUCCACAGGGGGUUGAUUCCGGAGCGGCCAGUGAAGUCACCCCUUCGGAGGAUACGCUGACAAAGGUGCAGGGAGAGGAACCCACCGCUGAUAAACUUCAUGGAAGUGAGCCUACCAUUGGCCAACGCGACGACCCCCUUGAUAACGAAAUAUGGAAAGAUUUACUCGAGUCGUACAGGGACCCCCCGAAGGCAGAGGAUCUGAAGGAAUACAAUCAAUAUAUUUUGAAAAAUCUGAACCAAAUUUUAAAUCACUCUGCGCAGAAGAGAAGGCAAGAAAUGGAGGAUUAUAAGAAUAAGUACGAACUGAAAGACGGGUUCAUUGUUAACGUCCUUACGGCCAGACAUACUCCCCUGUUGUUUAACCCAUCCAAGGAUAUAUACUUAUACCUUAACCAGAUAAGCAGUAAGAAACAGGUUAAUUUUAAAAAUAUUUACGAUAACUUGAUAACUAUUAUUAAAUAUAAAGAGGGAAGUAACUUUUAUGAUAAUUUUCUUCAGAGCAGGAGGGUAGCGGGGGGGCUGUGGCGCGACCUUGACACUCCAAGUGAGGAGGUAAACAGAGGAGCUAGUCGCUCUGGGAAACCGGUCAUCGAUCGGGUAGUCGUCGAUGAGGACUUGUCCAGUGGGAUGAACUCGAAUGAGUUGAACGCAUUUUUGUUGUUUAUCGAACGCGGAGAGGAGGCACAAGGCGGCCAAGGAACUACCGAUGAUUCGACCAUCGGUGGGACUCCCACAACUCGCCGAGACGUGCACUCCUUCUACCGAAAUAUAGAUCUGAGUGAAUUUACCCCCGCGGCGGUUACCACGAAAGACCAAAUACACGAUCAGCUCAAACUGUUAAAAAAAAAAUACACGGAGAAGUUAAAGAACGAGGCAACGUGCGUCUUGGCCUUCCUCUAUCUAAUAGGAAUAAACAAUAACGAGGGAAAGUUACAGCUACCGUAUGGAUUCCCCCGAAAUAUUGAUUACUCAGUUAAGCUCAUAAGAAAGGGAAAAGAUGGCCUGUGUAAUUUUUUAAGCGGCAUACUCUACCAUCUGAAUCUUCCAAUAUUUGUGAAUAAUUCCUCUAUAUCCAUAACUACAGAGAUGAGUGAAGAUCUAAUAGAUACAAAUGAUAAUUCUCUGAAUAGCUUCUUCUAUAUAUACUAUAGAAAUAAUGGGAAAAUAAGAAAUCAUGAUUUUCUGUCCAAUGAAAAUAGGAUAAUUCCAAAUUCUGUGGACAAUAUGAAGUCCAAGAUUGUGUCUUACUCCUUGGGUUCAACGAAGGAUGAUUUUUACAGCAAGCUUGCCUUCACCAAUAAUAUGAUUAGACUAAAGUACAAGAACAAGGAUAGCAAUAUAUACUUAAGAGACUACUUUGACUUUACGUUUGAUAAAAAGAUUUACAAGAACUCCGUAAUCAAGAAUAACAUUUCUCCCUUUUUAAGUUCCUGUGAUUAUUUGUUGAGUAACCUUCUAGGAGCAGUGGUCGAUUCAUUGAAGAAUACCUCCGCCAUUGAAAGUGGAAUUUACGAAGAAAAUAUUAGUGAGAGAAACAGACAUUUGAUUCACAACACGGUUGACUAUAAUAAAAGUUUGUUUGAAUAUUUUCUAAAGCUAGCUGAUAGUAGAAAUUCGUACGCCCUUGCAGCUUUGGGAGAGAUUUACUACCUAGGGAAUGAAAGCAUAGGUAUUGAACGGGAUGAAGUGAAAGCCUUUGAGUUUUGGAAAAAGGCGGCAGACCAAGGAGAUAGCACUUCUGCUUUGUCCACUGGAUAUGCCUACCUCGAUGAGUACAAGAAGCAUUUGCGCAAGGAGGAAAUUAUUAAAACGAUGAGUAAGGAGGAAUUGCUGAAUAUGAUUAAAGAGGAAAAGGGUACCGAUGCUGCAGAAGAGACCAAGAAGGACAACGCGGGGAAGAAGGCAAGUGGGACAUACUUCGCCUUCGCAUCUGGAGGAACAGCAGCUGCGGGGAUGCACACUUCGGUAAAUCAUCCUUCUUCCGGACAAGGGAACGGAAGGAGUUCUGCCGCGGAGGGUGAUUCUCCUGUUGGGGGCCCUAAUUUUAUGGGUUCUCCCAGUGCGCCUGCGGGUUUUUCCAGCACGUUGUAUGGUGGCGGUUCUUCAGAGUCAACUGCUCAAUUUACACCAAAUGCAUCAAGAAGCUACGGGGAAGGUCAAGCGGGCAUACCUUUUGGUGGAACCGAACAGAAGCAAGAUAAUUCAGAUAAUAGAGGUAAUACAUCGAGGAGCCAAAGUGACGACAUCAUCAAGAAGUACAUGGAAGAACUGAGCGAGGAGAGAAACAAAGCGUUGAAAAACGCAGAGCAAUACUUCCAUAAGGCCAUUCGAACUAGCGAAGAGAGUGUAGAACAUAUUUUGGCAAAAUACAACAUUUACAAAUUUGGAUUGGGUACAGAAAAGAAUCUGGAGCUAGCUGGAGAAUAUUUAAAAAAAGCGGCAGAUAAGGGAGAUAAUAUUUCUCAGAUGAUGUUGGGUCAUUACUACUCUGGGACAGAUAUCGGAGUUAAGAUAAAAGACUAUGAUGAAAAAAACAAAAACGAGAACUUAAAGAAAUCCUAUAAAUAUUAUAGCAUGUCUGCAAAAAAUGGAAAUAUAAUUUCGCUGUAUAAUAAGAGCAUCUUAAUACUCAAAGGGGUGAAUCCUAACUUAAAAACAUUUAAUGAAAAAUGUGAAAAAACGUUGAAGAAAUUUCACUUUAUUGGACUGUUUAAUGAGCGUUUAUAUGUGUUGACCAAAUUGUUAAGAAGGAACUACGAUUUUAAGGAUUAUACCGGCUCGCUUCUGGUGUCUGUUAUUCUUUCCGAACUGGGUGAUCACCCCAACAAUGUGAAUGCGUCUAUGCUGUGGGAUUUGAAAAGGAAAACCAUGCAGACCUUCACGGAGAAGUAUAACCUGGUCGAAGGUAUUUUGGCGGAUCUACUCCAGAAGGCAAUGAAGGAGGGAAGAGCCACAGAUACAUUCAUGAAAGGUGGAACUGCUAACCGUGUAGGUACCUCAGUGGAUCGAAUAAUUCACAGACUGUACAACAAGGAAAAAGGGGGGAAAUACUCUCUACAGAUGAAAUCGAAACUCAGCGGAGACUCUAUUUUGAAAAAUUGUGGCAUGGUAACAUCAAACAUGUUCAGUAGGAGGAGCCUGUUUUCCAAAAUGAAGUUUUGUUACUAUUUGAGGAACGAAUUGCUUCAUCGAAGAUGGCGGACGAAAAAGGGAGGGAAAAGUAACGAGACCAAUAAAACAGGUAGAAGAAGCUCGGCAAGAAAGACACACCAAAAAGUGUACAACUACGAUGUGUACCAGCUGAGCCAAACUCACAAACAAAUUGAGCUUUUCGAAAAGUACGAUCAGAUCGUAAAGAGUGAAAUGGAAAAGGGUAGCACUUCCCGAGAGAAAAUACAAAAGGCUGAAAAGAUUAAGGGGGCCAUUCUGGAACACUUCCGAACUAGUGAGUUUCUACACUGUUAUUAUAAGCCCAUUUCCUAUUAUCAAAUAAAGUUGGAGGAAGAGAAAAAGCAAAGUGUGAGAAGGAACGCCGAACAGGGAAUGAGCAACUUUUUAGGGAAGAGUAGCAGCUACUUGGGAUACACUCCUACGAAAGAGAAAAAGCAACAAGAGACAGAUUUAUUCGAAGCAGAAUUCUCUAGAUACUCUCCUCUCCUAGAAGGGGAAGACAUGAAAGAAAUUUUUUAUUACCAAAAGACGUAUUCUUCUAGCAUGUUUGAGGAAAUCCAGAGCUUCUCCAAAAAUUGCGAAGUAUGCAAGCAGUACUACGACAUCUAUUCAGCUUACUAUGGUUAUAAAAAAUCCACCAUCGAUUUGAUUAGGAAAUAUCGAGAUGGGGAUGAGUAUACCAUAAAGAGUAAAAGAAAGGAGCUGCAAUUUUUGAUUAGGAAUUCGGAUGAAGAUGACCAUGAGCCUUUGUACUACAAGGCAUUAUUCUUAGAAUCCAAUAAAUUGGAAAGCUUGAAAAAUAUUUUACAAAUUUACUUGAAGCUAGCUACGGAUAACCACAACGCUUGCAACGUGAUUGGUGUUCUGGGCAUUUUUAAAAUUUUGUUCAAGAAGGUCUUCUUCGAUGUGAGUUUCUUCUUCAGGAAGAAGAAGGAGAAUCUCAUUAGUGCAAUCACUGGGAGAAUUGACGGUUCUAACCACGAGCAGCGUGACGAACAUGGAGAGCGUGACUUACUUGAAAAACUUGAACAACGUGAAAAAUUUGAUCGACAUGGAAAACCUGACAAAUAUGAACAACAUGACCAACGGAACCAACGUGGCAAUGAUACCCCCGCGCCAGCGACCAACUCCCUCCAAAAGUACAUCUUUGCCGAUCUGAAUUCCUGCGAUGUGCAGAACAAUUUCCUCUUCAAGUCCGAGUUCAAGAACAAGUGCUUAAAUUUCGAGCAUUUCGUGAGUACCAAUCACGGCUAUUCGCAAAUCAGCUACCGCGACUUUUUCAAGCUUUUCUACACCGUUGUAGCUUCCUUUUUUAAAGUAUCAUAG